UGUUCUCAUGAAGGCGUGAAACUAUUUUUGAAUCACGCGGUAUAUACACCAUGGCUGGACGUCAUGAUAUAUCAACCAAUAAGAGUUGCCCAGCUGAUUCGCUGCAGCGGCUGUAGCCGGCUGAAGCGCGGGCUAGUCGGCGGACAACGUGACUGCAAUGCAGCUUUGUUUGCAUGUCGUUAGGUCCUCUUCAUUUGAUCGCAGUUGUUGAACAUUUACAUUACACUUUUGCACGACACUCAAGGAGCGCUGCAACAGUGCGCUCCUCUGUGCUUGCGUGCAACCGGUACGUUUGACAUGCCCGUGUGGUUAAACAUUUGCAUGACACUCGGGGAGCGUGGCUGCAACAGUGCGCUCCGUUGUGCUUACGUGCAACAGGUACUUUUGACAUACCCUUGUAGUCUCAUUCGUAUGUCGUUAUGUUUCGAAGUGCUCUGUUAGCUAGCCGAUGUCGCCUUCUAGGAAUGCCAAGUCGCGCACGGCGCAUUCAUUCCGACUCCAGUUCAUUGUAUGUCCAUUGGCCGUACUGCGAAAAACGCUGCACGUACUGCAAUUUCAACAAGUACAUCAGCCGGAACGUUGACCACGACGUGAUGACCGAGUGCCUCGUUCGGGAGCUGACGACGGUCAUCCGUAGUAGCAGCAUUUCUACGAUCACGACGGUAUUCUUCGGGGGAGGCACUCCGAGUCUGAUGCGGCCUCGCGAUGUGGAACGCGUCUUGCAAGCCGUCUCCCGGCUCACGGCGGCACCUGUUGCAGAGGUUACGUUGGAGUGCAACCCGAGUCCUGCUGCGAAAGACAGCCUCAGUGACUUCAAGGAGGCAGGGGUCACGCGACUGUCGAUUGGCAUGCAGAGCCUGUGCAAUGAUGCUGAGCUCUCAUCCUUGGGGCGGACACACUCGGUUGAAGAAAGCCUGCACUGUCUGGACCGUGCCAUGCACCUAUUUCCUGGCCAAGUGUCAGUGGACAUUCUUUACGGACGGCCAAGACAGACGCUUGAUGGCUGGCUACAAGAAGUGCAACAGGUGGUGCAGCUUGGCACCGCACAUGUGUCCCUCUACGAACUUACCCUGGAGAGGGGUACCCAGCUCUUCAAGGAGGUCCAGGCGGGCUUACAGGUCGCUUUCAAGAUAGGGGCUGCACUCGGCCGCGCCAUACGUAGCAGCCACCGGUGUAGAACGCCUCUCCUGUUUGCGCCAGUCUCGCAAUCCCUGCCAGACAGUGAGACGUGCUCCCAGAUGUACCUGGCCGCUGUUGAGGUCUUGGAGCGUGAAGGACUACUACGCUACGAGGUGUCCAACUUUGCCCACAAGGGCCAUGAGUGCAAGCACAACCAGGCAUGCUGGAGAGGGUUGCAGUAUCUGGGCAUAGGGCCAGGUGCGCACAGCCGUGUACUUGUGGGCGACGGUCACUGGGAGGCACGGGUGCAGACCCUGGAGCCCAACCCGUGGAUCCGCGAGGUCUCGCAGCGAGGCCACGGGACACGCCUCACACGACCGCUGUCAAGGCAGGAUCGCCUGGAAGAGCUUCUGAUGAUGGGACUGCGUACUGCGCGUGGAAUUUGUAACCAGCUGCCUGCGUGCCACGAAAGCUGGGAUGAAUGUCGCGGACAGCCUCGUCUCCUCCAUGCUGCCACGGCUGAGGGAGAGGACAAGCAGGUAGACUGCCACGGUGCUUCCCCACAGAGCCACGUGAUGCCUCCUCCUCUGCUCAUGUGCAUUGUGGGUUUCGCAGCUGCAUUCGGACUGACCAUGCACAACUCUGUAAGUCGGAGCAGCCAUUUGCAGGUAAAAGGGUUCUGCAAGGCUUCAAUAGUCAGAAGACUUCAAUAGUCAGAAGCUGGUGGAGGUUCAUACUUGACAAACAACAGUGCUAACAUAGACGAGGACAAAGAAUUAGGGUUCACAACACGCAGGGCUGACUGUCGACUAAAUGUGCAUUCGAUUAAAGUACUUGAAUAUGGGAUCAAUUGCCAACUUGACAAUGUUUAAUAGCAAUGCAUGGGUUGCAAGAACUAUGCAGGUGAAACAGAAACUGUGUCACGUAAAACAUAACGUGUGUGAAGGAACCAACCAACCAAACAAAAAUGCUUGAAAAUGAAGAGUUCUUCCAAGAACCGGAUACAUUAUAACGUGAAAUGGGGGGAUGUGGGUUCGAAAAUGUUUUUGUUUAUUUUUGGUUCAAUCUGAAUGAAACUUCACUGUUUCGUUCGGUUUUUCAUGUGGAUAUCAAAUCUAUGAUUAGUUUUUUGAUAGCUACUCUGGUUCAGAAAUUAGUAAAGUCUGAAAAUGAACCUAAUGGGUUGAUCGAAUGGGGGGUUCUUGGCAAUUUCGCCUAGCUAAACAUAAAAAGUAAGUGUAUGACCCUAGUGCCAAAGACUUGUUUCAGCGGGUGAUAUUUGUUUUAUGUGUUUGAAAGCAUUCAGAAGGUAAGAAAGUAGACACAUUUACUGUGAAUAUUUUUCUUAUUUUCACUCAUUAUUAUCUUUAAUUGUAAUUUACAAAAUGAUAGAGUAACAGAAAUAGCAUCAUCCCUAUAUCAUUUCAUUACGAAUAGACUGAUAUCAAACUUGUUACAGUAAAAGCUCGUUAAUUCGAACUCGUGGGGGGCUGAAAAAUUGUUCGAAUUAAGCGGAGUUUGAAUUAACGAGCGGGCGGCAAAAAAAAAAAAAGAUGGCCAUUGCAUUUGGCUGCUAGGGCCGAAGCCAAAAUAGCCGUAUCUGGGAUCGUCAUCGAGGAAUACGCACUACUACUCUUUGAGGUCGGCGAUUGCGGGUAUUAAAAUCAUGCGAGUCCAAACACCAAAGGAAAUAAAGAUAUCCAAUCAAUUUAUGCGCCUGGAACUAAUGAUAAAUGUACCCACGUGAGCGUCAGGCCUAAUGAUGAAAUAUGACACUAUUUAUGCUUCAAAAACAUGUUUAUUAACAAAAGAAUAAUGAUGGAAGCAUAUCAACAUGAAAAAUAAUCGGUGAUUUGCAUUUGUUUGCGCUUUCUUCGCCGCGACUCGAGAAGCAUUGUCUGCAACUUGCCCAACAUCUCCAGCGCAGCAUCCGAAUUCUCAUCGGUGGAGAAAUAGCGCGCAGCCAGAUCGAGUCCCGAUGCUGCUUCACAUGCGCUCGGAGGAGGCAACGGAUCGUCCUCUUUGUCGGACUCGUCGUCGCUGUCAGGCGUGCUCGCCGCGCGUGAGUCGUGCUGCUGACUGGACGCAGCCUCGAUAAUCUCGGCGUCAGUUAAAGGCCCCGUUGUCUCCACGCCGUUGUCUACGUUGACAAAGCUCUCGAAGUCCACACCCUCCGAUAAAACAGCGUAGGCAGGGUCCAGCACGAUGGAGCCAUCAUCUUGAUCCGCUUGAACGUCAAAGUCGGCUGUGCAGCCGACUUUGAUGUUCGGCUGUGCAGCUGACUUUGAUGUUUGAUCUCGCCACAGCCGACAAAGUCGGCUGUGGCGAGAUACAUGCCACACAAACGAGCAAGCUCAUGCAAAAUGCGACAAGAAAAGACUACUCGUGCAUUCCACCGAUCGCAGCCGCCGCAGCGCAACGAAAACCUGAAACGGCUUGCUCCGGAGCAUCGGCGGCGGCGGCGCCCGCGCGUCAGAGAAAACGUGCUACGGCAUGCGCCGGAGAGUGGUGUGCAGCGAGCGAUGAGCGAGCGCGGCUUCGGCCGCUUAUCUGUUUUUUCUGCCAGCGUCCGCUGCGGCGUACGCGGUUGUUGCGACGCGCGUCUUUUCUUUCUUUCCUCUUAUCUUUGAACUCUCCUCUAUCUGCAUGCGGCAGCGGUGAUGGCUCGGCCUGAGCCAAUCGGCAGGCCCGUGCACUUUCCUUUUCAUCCUUCCCUCAGUCGCAACAACAACAACGCCGGAGGCUCCAGCAAGGAAAUUGGCGGCUCGCCUCGUGCGUGCAAAAAUGCGCGCUGGCUUAUUUAGUCUCGUCGCUGUGCAUAUUAAAAAAAAAUUCAAUGCAUUGUACUCGUUACGAGGCGACUUCUAUUUACGAGAAGCAAUGUCGGCUGCCGGCUCCUAGUUCGAAUUAACCGACGUGAGUACCGGUACUUUCGAAUUAUCGGGCGUUCCGGCCCAUUGAUAUACAUAGGGCUUUGCAGGGACCCGGGCAUCAGUUCGAAUUAACCGGCGGUUCGAAUUAAGCAAUUUCGAAUUAACGAGCUUUUACUGUAUUCUCACUUGACAACAUCAUAGAAAAAGAAGCCCUGUAAGAAUGAGUGCGGUGGGUGAAUAUCAAACUGAGAAAAAUGCAUUUGAAGUUUAGGCAGCUGUAACUUUUUCCAGACUGCAGCUACAGCAAUAUAUCAACGACAUCAUUCUGUAGUUUUAUUCUUCACAAGAAUGGCCAUACCAAAAUAUGACUCUCUCUAUAUAUAAUAUAUAACCCUCUUGGUAAACGGGAAAAGGUUGUUAUAAAACCAUGUGCUGCCGCUAAAAUAACAUGAAAAACUACAUUUACCACUUCAUGUGCCUAUUCCAGUGUCCUGCAAGCUAAAGGAAUAGAAAAGUUCAUAAAUUAACUUUGCCAUAGGCAAAUAAACUUACACUAACACACAUGGAAUAUUUACUGAAUUACCUAAAUUGGUUAUUGUCUUGCAAAAAAUAAAAAAGGACACACACACAUUUCACUCUACAGCAUGCCAGGGCUUUAUGCAGUGUCCUUUGCUGGCUUGUGCCGUUUUGAAAGCCUUGCCUUGGUAGCACUACUGCCCAGAUGCUAUUUUUGUGUCUUCCGAAGCUCUUGUCCUUCUCAAAGCUGCGGCACACUAAGCAAUUCCCAGCACUGUAGCCCAGCUUCUCGGCAAUUUGGGUGUUGCUCUUUGUGAUCGGCCCGAUAGCCUCAGCCACUGCCCUUUCAGAGCUGCGCAGUGAGGGAUGCCGAGUAUUUGGAACCAGGGUGUCUACCAACCGGGAAAACCGGGAAAA